GAAUCACUGGUUGCACCGAAACACUGUAGAACACAAGGAGCCUCGUCACAGCGCAUGACUGGAACAUGAAAUGAACACAACACUAAGAGGAACAGUAACGGAAGCUUCACUGAGCUUUAAACCGGCUUCUCUGCACCGCCUUCAGUGAGGACCAUUUACUGCCGGCAGGUUCGUGCGCUCGACACGGUGGAUGUGUGUGUGUGUGUGUGUGUGGUGCAGCUACAGCUGACGAUGAGGACCUUGCAGGACUACGACAGGAGCCGCUUGAGUUUGGAGAAGUGGUUCUACUCACAGAGUAACCCUUAAUGAACCCCGGGGGGAAGUUACAUCAUGCUUUGACUUUGACUUUUGACUGGAGAGUGAGAAAGAAAACGAGAAGCUCUUAGCUCUUCUUCAUAACCUGGACACAUAUACACUAAAAAACAGGUCCUUGUGAUUAGAGGCGAGACAGAGGCUUAGUAUCCCAACCACUGGUUUGUCCUGACUGGGCCAAGUGGCAUGAGUGUGGGAAAGACCCCUCGCUACAACGUCGUGUCAUCGUCGGAGGAGGACGUCCAUCACCACGGCAACAUGCCUGCUCUUGGCAAUGGCUUUGGAAAUGGUAAGAUCCAGACGAGGCGAAAGCCACGCAGCCGCUUCGUUAACAAAACCGGACAGUGUAACGUCAACUUUUCACACAUGGAAGAGCAAUCACAGCGCUACUUGGCCGACAUCUUCACGACCUGCGUGGACAUCCGUUGGCGCUGGAUGUUUUUUUUCUUCUCUCUCGCUUUCAUUCUGUCCUGGCUGGUGUUCGGUUUCAUUUUCUGGCUCAUUGCUCUUGUACAUGGUGACUUUGAAAGAACAUCCAGUGAAGAGUUCAUACCCUGCAUCAUGCAGGUCAACAGUUUUGUGGCAGCUUUCUUGUUCUCAGUUGAGACACAGACCACGAUUGGGUACGGCUUCCGCUGUGUGACUGAAGAGUGUCCGAUGGCUGUAUUUAUGGUUGUUGUACAGUCUAUUUUGGGUUGUAUCAUUGAUGCGUUCAUGAUUGGUGCCAUCAUGGCCAAAAUGGCCCGACCCAAAAAGCGUGCUCAGACGUUGCUAUUUUCGCACAACGCGGUCAUUGCGAUGCGAGAUGGAAAGCUAUCGUUGAUGUGGCGUGUAGGAAACCUGCGCAAAAGUCACAUUGUGGAGGCUCACGUCCGAGCACAGCUGAUCAAGCCCAGAGUGACAGAAGAGGGCGAGUACAUCCCGCUUGACCAGAUCGACAUCAACGUUGGCUAUGACAAAGGCAUCGACCGUAUCUUUCUUGUUUCUCCUCUGACCAUCAUCCAUGAGAUAAACGAAGAAAGCCCACUGUUUGGAAUCAGCAAACAGGAUCUGAUCAGUGAAGACUUUGAGAUCGUGGUGAUCCUCGAGGGCAUGGUCGAGGCCACGGCGAUGACCGCUCAGGUGCGCAGCUCUUACCUGUCCAGCGAAAUCUUAUGGGGUCAUCGCUUCGAGCCGGUAGUGUUUGAGGAAAAAAACCACUACAAGGUAGACUUUACGCACUUUCACAAGACUUAUGAGGUGCCCUCUACACCAUCCUGCAGUGCCAAAGACAUUGAGGACAGCAAGUCAUUACACUCCAGUGCUAACUUCUGUUACGAGAACGAGUUGGCGUUCAGCAGGGAGGAAGACGAGGAGGAAGGUAUAAGGGGAAUUUUGGGAACUGAGAUGGAAACCCUAUCAGCUAGCCUGAACUCUGACCAGAGAUCGCACCAUAAAGAGUCCGAGAUCUGAUCGCGGACAUAGCUGCCCCUUGAUAUUCAUCUCUAGAGAGUUUUAUUUUAACGUACAGUAGAUCCGGUCUGUCCCUUUAGAUUUGGCUUGAACUGACAGAUACAAAGCAAAGCAAGUGCCAAUAUGAACCACCGAACCUCGCUGACGUGGGCAGGUGUCGGUAUGUUCAUGACUGUUUCUGGAUGGCCUUCCUGUAGGAAAACUUGAAAUAGGAUUCCUUGUUUCAUGCUGUAGUUUGCUGUCAAAGCUUUAAUUGAUAUCGUAAUGCAAUACCAUGCUAUCCUGGGUGCCAAAAUCCAGUCAGACAUACAUACUGGUUGGUGCAUUUGGUCCCUGCUCUUGAUUUUGUAGAAUUCCCCUUGAAAAUAGAUCCUUCUUACACCAUCAUACGUACACUCGUACAGAAUCACAAUCCCUUUUGUCCAGUGUGACUCCAGUGUGACUCGAAGCAAUAAAAUGAUCCCUAAUAUAUUUUAAAAAAUUGUUGUAUGUUGUAGCGCUUCAAUCACUCACCGGCAUUUUGGUUAAACAAAAGUGAUUUUAAAUCUUUUUUUGUCAACAUCAACACUAGAAAUCAUUGACCUGACGUUCAUUUAAAGAAAACAAGAUGGCACCCAGGCUAGCAGAUAGCUAGAUAACAUAGUGUCUUAUAUCUUCUGUGUGUAGAUUAAUCUCUCUGUGUGUAUACUGUAUGUGUGUGUUUUAAAAAUCAGCAUUUUUCUAGAAACAGUUUACCUUCCACACACAGACACACAGACGUCACAUCCAGCUUCAAACACACACUCGUUCAUGCUCAGGAUGCACCCUCUUGCACAGCAGACGAAGCUCAGAGAAGAGAAACGUCCAUGAAUGUUGGUUGUGUCUAAAGCAGGACUGAUUACCUGCACCAAAAUUGCAUGACAGUGCAAAUGAUUGAGCAGGAUAUCUAUUAUAUUAUAUUAUAUUAUAUUAUAUUAUAUUAUAUUAUAUUAUAUUAUAUUAUAUUAUAUUAUAUAUAUUUAUAUCUUCUGAGCACUACAGUAUAUCAGAUGUGUUGGAGCUUCGAGCUUUAUUGGAGGCUGCUUGCACAAUAACUAAAAUUUACACUUUAUGAUAAUAAUUGAAAAAAAUAAAUAAAAACAGAAAAAAAUGUUCCUGAAAUUGAAACCAAAAAAUAUCUAUUGGUUAUAAAUAUCUCCAUAUCAGGACUCUGAGAUAUUUACCAGGCCUUGAGAAAAAUGAGCAGGACUCAUGGUUUAAAGGCUUAUUAAUGUACAAGGGCACAGUGCAAUAUGGAGCAUUAGUCUUCUUCUAACUGAUGAUGAUGAUAAUGAUGAUGAAGUGUUUAAAAAUGGCCCUACAUCUGGGUCGUGAGGACGUGGUUACCAGACAGGCUGAAGGACUGUGGAAUACCUGAAAUGUCUAUAACAUGUCACAAAGUAUUCCGAUAAACUUAAAAUCACAUAUUUUCCACCAGACAUGAUCAUAUAUUACACUCACCUGUAACAAUGUAAAUAACCCUGAAUAACUAUGCCCUGAAAUCGCACGUGUAAAAUUGCCCAUGUGUAAUAUAUUUUUUUAAUCGUACACAUGAACGAAUCAUGUGUAGAAAAUCACAUGCGAAAGACUGAAAAACUCGUGUGUGAUUCCCAUGCGAAAAUAAAUGAAUCAUUUAAAAUAUCAUGUGAAUAUUUUUUUAAUCACAUGCAGAAAUAAAUGAAUCCCGUGAAAAAGAAAUUUACACAUUUCUUCCAAAUCACAUGCAGAAAUAAACAAAUCAAAAUAAAAAAAAUCACGUGAAUCAUAUUUAAUCAUAUGCUGAGAUAAAAGUAUCAGGUGAAAGAAAAUUCACAUGAGAAACCUUUUUAAAAAAAAUCCGGAUGUGGAAAGAAAUGAGUCAUGUAACAAAUCACAUGUAAAAAAAAUUUUAUUCAAUGUGAAAAUAAAUCUCUGGUGCAAAUAAACGAAUAAUUGGCAAAAAAAAAA